GUAGUCCUACAGUUAGUGAUUUACCAUGGCCUUAAAUGGUCAUAUACAAGAAUAAUAGAGUUCCUGCUCACAAGAGCUUGCAAUCUGCAAAUUUAGGAACACAAAGAAGAAUUGUGAGUUCAUACAGGAGCGAGAGAACAACAGCAGGUUCAGCCGUCUGCAUAACCUCUUAAGGGCUACUUAGCUGUUUGCUGAUGCGGUCUAUGGAUUUCCCUACUCGAUACCCGUAAGCACAGGGGCAGGAGUGACACGCAGGAUACGUCACUUUCACCUGAACCAACUGGAAUAGAGACUGGAGUGACACGCAGGAUACGUCACUUUACCUGGGCCUAUCGGAACGACGGUUAACACAGGACACGUGUUUUCCUACACUUGGAGGACGCCCGGCUGGCAAAACGCUCGAUCCGCGAACGGUGGACAGGCUGGAGCCUGGAAGAGCACAACACUUUGAGCCGAAAUUAAUACGAUGACCAAAUACAAGAAGCAGAUGGCGGAGCAGUUUUUGAAUCAUGCGCUAGGGAUUAUUUACCUGCUCACUGGAGAGGAAUACAUCAUAGUAAGGAAAAGUUCCCCUCACAUCCGCAUUCACCGGCUGACUGGCGAGGUCCCUAUGAAGUGUGAUGAUGUUGCUGUGUAUUUCUCUAUGGAGGAGUGGGAGUAUAUAGAGGGACACAAGGAGCUUUACAAAGACGCCAUGAUAGAGACUUGCCAGACGCCCAGAACUACAGACAUCCCAACAGACAAGAGAUCAGCUUGUGCAUUUGAAGACAAUGAUGAGAUUGUACUAAAUGAUGAAACAGAAGAUCUGUGCAUAAGGAGUCAUUCAGAAGCUCUAGACCAGGACAUUGGUGACCUUAUACGCUCAGAUCUCCAUGAAGAUUAUUCAAAAUGUAGGAAUGAAGAGGAUGAUGACGAGUAUGAUCAUCAGCAGAUGGAAACCACUUUAGUCUGUUGUUCAGAUCUCCAUGAAGAUUAUUCAAAAUGUAGGAAUGAAGAGGAUGAUGACGAGUAUGAUCAUCAGCAGAUGGAAACCACUUUAGUCUGUUGUUCAGUAACAGGUCUUCAUGAAGAACAUUUAGAUGCUGUAAUAAAAUAUGAGGAAGAAGAAGAUGAAAGAGAGGAAAAUGAAAUUCAUCAUUUGGAAACCACUUAUGACCCGUGCACAGAUGGGCCUUGGAAUGUUUCUGGAACAUACCAUAAUACAGUUAGAUGUAUAAGCCAAGAAGAUGUCAACAUGCCAGAAUUUCACCAAAAUGCUGUUGUAAAAAAGUGUACAAUUAAACCAUUUGUCCCUCAGUGUGGGAACUUGUUUGGCCAUACAAUGACAAAAAAGAGUCCCGGAGCUGAAAAAAGAUUUUCAUGUCCUGAGUGUGGGAAAGGUUUUACCAGACAAUCAAGUCUUAUUACACAUCAAAGAGUUCAUAAUGGAGAAAGACCAUUUUUAUGUUCUGAAUGCGGGAAAUGUUUUACUCGGAAACAAUAUCUUCUUGAUCAUUCAAGAGUUCAUACAGGAGAAAAACCAUUUCCAUGUUUUGAAUGUGGGAAGUGUUUUACCCAAAAAUUAUACCUGGUUACACAUCAGAAAACUCACACAGGAGAGAAGCCAUUUUCAUGCUCGGAAUGUGGGAAAUGUUUUGCUCAGCAAUCAGUCCUUAUUAGACAUAAGAAAAUCCAUACAGGAGAGAAACCAUUUUCAUGUCCUGAUUGUGGGAAAUGUUUUACUAGCAAAGGAUAUGUUUUUAAACAUCAGAAAAUCCAUGUAAGAGACAAACUGCUGUAAUUAUUCUGAAUGAAGAUUAUAUUGUCAGCAAAAUUAGAACUUCUAGAGAAGACAUGUUUGUGGUAAAUAUCUUACCCAACAAUAUAACCUGAUAUAACCUUAUUAAGCAAGAAAAAAAAUGUGGUCAUGUUUACAUACAGGAAUUGUUUUACUAGCUGAAUUCACUUUGCUACACUUACAAUAUUCCAGAAAGUCAGGACUUGCUUUGAAUAAAAAUAGUUAUAGAAUAAUGAAAUCAAUUAAUCAUGUGAAGUAUGGAAUGCCUUUUUAGGAAGUCCAAUAGAAGAAUAACAUUCUUAUUCACUUGGAAUAUUGUGUAAUCACUACCAUCACAAAAGACUGGUCUCUCAGAUUCUAUCUAUCUUUGUCAGAAAGAGGUACUACAAACAGCUGCUAUGAAUGAAGCAUGAAGCAAAAAUUGCAGACAGAUGAUUAAAAAAAUUAAGUGGCAGUGACAAGUAAAAUAAGAGUGCAUAUCUGAUUUUUAAGGGGCUUAGAGCCAAGACUAUUAAAAAAAGAAGGGGGAUAUGAAAGGAAAUCUGCUUCACUGUAUUAGCUAUAUUGAGAAAUGUUUAUAAUAUGUUACAAAUAUAUAUAUCUGUAGCUGCAGUUUACGUUUGCUGGAAUUUAAUUUCAAUGUUUUUUAACUUUGGAUUCAAACUUUCCAUUUUUUGCGGUCCCUUGGACACUGGACAUGUUAAAAUUUAAAGUAAAUGUAAUAUUUUUGGUC